GUGCUCCAGGUAGCGGUGGCCCCAGCUGCUGGUAGUCGCAACCGGAGCUCCCCGGCGGACCGUGGGCCGAGGCAGGGGAGGAAGGGGCGUUCCCGCGGCCCCCGCCCCGCGCCUCGCCGCCCGUGAUGUCACAAUCCUGGCGGCCCCUGCAUUCCCCGGCCGGCUUCGGGUGGCGGGCUGCGCGCCGGCGAUCGAAGCGGGCAGCUCGCUCCUGAGUCAUGGACUUCUCCUGGCCCCUCCUCUACCACUCCCACUCCCUCGCCGCCGGGCCCCCCCGCCGGGGCUAGCGCUCGACGGCGGCUCCGAGGGGGCGGGGCGCUGGGAAUGGCUGUUCCCCCUUCUGUUCCUCUGCCUUGCUCGCCCUUUUACCUGAGGAGGCAGACGUCUUCCCCGCAGUGCUCAUGGGGCAUGGAGGAGAAGGGGGUAGCCAGUGUGGGCUGCCGAGAGCCGCCAGGCCCCCCAAGGACCGGCGCUGUCCCAUGCUUUGGCAUAUCUGUGGAUCAGGACGACAUCCUCCCCGGCUCCCUGCGCCUCAUCCAGGAGCUGCGGCCGCACUGGAAGCCGGAGCAAGUUCGGACCAAGCGCUUCACCGAUGGCAUGACCAACAAGCUGGUGGCCUGCUAUGCGGAGGAGGACAUGAGGGACUGUGUGCUGGUGCGGGUGUAUGGGGAGCGAACGGAGCUGCUGAUUGACCGGGAGAAUGAGGUCAGGAACUUCCAGCUGCUGCAAGAACAUGGCUGCGCUCCCAAACUCUACUGUACCUUCCAGAAUGGGCUGUGUUAUGAGUACAUGCCUGGCAUGGCCUUGGGGCCUGAACACAUUGGGGAGCCCCAACUCUUCAGAUUAAUCGCCUUAGAAAUGGCAAAGAUCCACGCCAUCCAUGCCAACGGCACCCUCCCCAAGCCUACCCUCUGGCACAAGAUGCAUGACUAUCUCACGCUUGUGAAGAACGAGAUCAACCCCAGCCUUUCUGCAGAUGUCCCUAAUGUAGAAGUGUUGGAACAGGAGUUGGCCUGGCUGAAGGAGCACCUGUCCCAGUUGAACUCUCCUGUGGUGUUUUGUCACAAUGACCUGCUCUGCAAGAAUAUCAUCUAUGACAGUGCCAAAGGUCAAGUACGGUUCAUUGACUAUGAGUAUGCUGACUACAACUACCAAGCAUAUGACAUUGGCAACCAUUUCAAUGAGUUUGCAGGUGUGAAUGAAGUUGAUUACUGCCGCUACCCAGCACGGGAGACCCAGCUACAGUGGCUGUGCUACUACUUGCAGGCACAAAAAGGGAUGGCCGUGACCUCCAGGGAGGUGGAGAAGCUCUAUGUACAAGUCAACAAGUUUGCCCUGGCAUCUCAUUUCUUCUGGGCACUCUGGGCCGUCAUCCAGAACCAGUACUCUACCAUCGACUUUGAUUUCCUCAGGUAUGCAGUGAUCCGAUUCAACCAGUACUUCAAAGUGAAGCCUCAAGUAUCCGCCUUGGAGAUGCCAAAGUGA